UUGUUGUUCGAAGAUGAUAAAGUCAAUUCCAAUUUCAAUGCCCCAAAUUCCCCAAAACCUACGCCUUCUCGUCUCUUCUCCUCUCAAUUCUUCCUCCUUCCCUCUCUUCUUCAAACCCUUCUCACGGCCCUUCUCUCUAUUGACCGUCCUCGCGUCCUCGUCCUCCUUCUCCCGGCGUCACCGUACUUCCUCCGGACACCGUCUCCGAGACCCUUCUCCGGUGUUCACCAGGCGCAAGUGGAGUAGCUUGGAGGAGGGCAAGAGCCAGAACAGAAAAGGGUCGUCGACAAUGGAGAAGGACGAUGUUAAUAACAGGUCUUCUCGUCCUACUUCUUCUUUUGAGUUUAAUAAGAGAAGAGCUGAAGGGAUGGAUAAGGUCGAUAAGCCCAAGAAGAAUCUCGAGCGGAAAGUUCGCAAGCUCAACCCCACCAACACCAUUGCCUAUGUUCAGAUCCUUGGAACAGGAAUGGACACACAGGACACAUCACCUUCUGUCUUACUCUUUUUUGACAAACAAAGAUUCAUCUUUAAUGCUGGAGAGGGCUUGCAACGAUUCUGUACAGAACAUAAAAUUAAGCUAUCAAAGAUCGAUCACAUAUUUUUGUCUCGUAUCUGCUCAGAGACAGCAGGAGGACUUCCAGGCCUUCUGCUGACUUUAGCUAGUAUCGGUGAAGAAGGACUUUCCGUGAAUGUAUGGGGUCCUUCAGAUCUCAAGUACUUGGUUGAUGCUAUGAGGUCAUUCAUUCCACGUGCUGCGAUGGUUCACACACGAAGUUUCGGGCCAUCGAGUUCAUUUGACUCCACUCCUCAAGUCGAUCCUGUCAAGCCUGGAGAUCCCAUCGUGCUUGUGAAUGAUGAGGUUGUCAAAAUAUCUGCUAUCCUCCUUGAACCACGUUGUUCAGAGGACUCUACCAAAAGACCUGGUGAAAUGUCAGUCAUAUAUGUUUGUGAAUUACCUGAAAUCGCGGGAAAGUUUGACCCUAAGAAGGCCAAGGCUCUUGGGCUGAGACCUGGUCCCAAGUACAGUGAACUUCAAUCUGGGAAAUCAGUGAAGUCAGAUUUCCAAGAUAUUAUGGUCCAUCCGUGUGACGUGAUGGGACCUUCAGUUCCUGGUCCUAUCGUUUUCCUUGUGGACUGUCCAACAGAGUCCCAUGCCGAGGAGCUAUUAUCUGUUAAUUCCCUGGAAUGUUAUUAUUCAUGCCCUGACAACACAACUAAUGAGGCUAAGGUUGUUAAUUGUAUAAUUCAUUUGAGUCCAGCUUUGGUUACAAGUAGUCCUACUUAUCAAAACUGGAUGAAGAAAUUCAGUUCGGCCCAGCAUAUUCUUGCUGGACAUGAAACGAAGAAUAUGGAGUUUCCGAUUCUGAAAGCCAGUUCAAGAAUCACAGCCAGGCUAAACUAUUUAUGCCCGCAGUUCUUCCCGGCUCCUGGCUUUUGGUCAGCUGAACAAGUUAAUAACUCGACAACAAAUUCCAACCCUUUGAACAAGUGCUCCAGUUCAGGUCUUGGUGAAAGCAUAUCUGCUGAAAAUCUCCUUAAGUUCACUUUGCGUCCAUAUGCUAAUCUUGGACUGGACAGAUCAUGCAUUCCUAGUCAAUUAACAUCCUCACGAGUGAUGGAUGAGUUACUUACAGAAAUUCCCGAGAUCAAAGAAAAGACUGAAGAAAUAAAGCGGUUGUGGAAUGGACAAGACAACAAAAUGAUGAUUGAAGAGCCAUGGUUGACUGAGAUCACUAUCCCGAGUUGUCUUGAAAACAUUAGGCGAGAUGACAUGGAGAUAGUUCUUUUGGGCACUGGUUCAUCCCAGCCUUCCAAAUACCGAAAUGUCAGUGCAGUUUAUAUCAAUCUUUUCUCUAGAGGUAGCCUUCUCUUAGAUUGCGGGGAAGGAACCUUGGGCCAGCUUAAAAGAAGAUAUGGUCUGGAAGGGGCUGAUGAAGCUGUCAGAAACAUGAGGUGUAUAUGGAUAUCUCACAUCCAUGCUGAUCACCAUGCGGGUCUAGCAAGAAUUCUUGCGCUGAGACGUGAACUUUUGAAAGGAGUUCCCCAUGAACCUGCACUCGUGGUAGGACCAAGGUCACUUAAGAGAUUUCUCGAUGCAUAUCAAAGACUCGAGGAUCUAGAUAUGGAGUUUCUUGAUUGUAGGAACACCACAGAAGCUUCUUGGGCUUCUUUAGAUGGCUGUCCCGAAAAGAGUAACAGUGGUAGUAGCACCGAGGGUUCUUUAUUUAGCAGAGGAAGUGUAAUGCAGAGCAUUUGGAAAAGACCCAGUAGCCCAACAGACAGUUCUUCAGCUUUGCCAUAUCUAGAGAAGUUGAAGAAUGUCCUUAACGAAAUGGGUCUUGAGAAUUUGAUCAGUUUCCCCGUUGUACACUGUCCUCAAGCGUUUGGCGUCGUUGUAAAAGCAGCAGAAAGGAUAAACAGCUCGGGAAAACAGAUCCCGGGAUGGAAGAUCGUGUAUUCAGGCGACUCAAGGCCUUGUCCUGAAACCGUCGAAGCAUCACGAGGAGCGACAGUUCUUAUUCACGAGGCUACAUUCGAAGACGGGUUGGUAGAAGAGGCAGUGGCCAAGAACCACAGCACGACGAAAGAAGCGAUAGAGGUAGGAUCCUCGGCCGGGGUUUAUCGAAUCGUUCUGACGCAUUUCAGCCAGAGAUACCCAAAGAUUCCGGUGAUAGACGAGUCGCACAUGCACAACACGUGCAUAGCUUUCGACAUGAUGAGUAUAAACAUGGCGGACUUGCAUGUUCUUCCGAAGGUUGUUCCCUACUUCAAAACCCUUUUCAGAAACGAGGUUGUCGAAGAGGAGGAGACGGAUGAUGCUAUGGAUGCAGUAAUAACUGAGGCAUAUUGAUCGAACUCUGGGGGCUAGAUUCUUUUUUUGUCUGAUGUUUUUUUUUUAUGGAACAUUCUUGAUUCUUGUCUUGUGGGCAGAGGAAAAAAGCAGAGUUUAAUUUUUA